AUGCUUCGGCGUAAGCCAACAGCAAUAGCUGUGACAUCAGAAGACCUUGCUGCCUUCGAAGAUGCGCGACUUCGCAAGCUGAUCCAAAGAAACGGAGAUACAAGUCAUGCCAAGGAGAUAUAUCCUCUCAACUUUGACCCAAGCGACGAACUAAAGCCUUUGCCUGGAGACAAGGCAAGAAUCGUCCGUUCGCGCGAGGAGCGAAUAGGCGUUGUCCGGCAUCAUUGAAUCAUCAUGCAAGUCUUCCUUUCCGUACUCAUCUGUCCUUGCACUUGGCAUUUCCCAGCCUUGGUGAUCAUCAUCUCAGUCCCUCCCUCCGAUCGCUUGAAGAAGUUCUGCCCCUCUUUUCCAAACCCAAUAGUGAUCGGUGCGGUGAAUGCUGGCAUACCGCAUCGACAGAACCGUUCUACCACAUGUGUCUCACUCGAUGAUUUGAACCACUUUGGAGAAAAGAAGUCCGAGUCUGACAGUCAUAGUCUAUCCGACGUUGUCUUGAAUCUAACACAUACGUUCUUAGUGUUUCAACAGUCCAUUACUAUGAUCAUUCCUACCCACACCUGGUCGUGUCUCGCAUAUACUUCGCACAAGAUGGCGAGGAAGCCAUUACACACUUCAACGUGUCGCUGUUAUCACAGAUUGGUAGGACAUUCAAGUCUCCAGGCACAUGAGAAACAAUUGCGAUAGGCCGCGAAAGGCGGGUUGAUAUACCUUGUUUCAAUUGCAGCAAAUGGGUAUGAUACUGUGCAGAUAUUUACUCAAAGGGUAUAUAAAUCGGGAACAAGCACUCCUGACAACAGUCAUGUAGGAGGAAGGUGGUGGAAGGGGAAGAAAGAAAUCGACGGCCAACUCAAUAGAAUUUCAAUAGAAACCUAUUGUAUCGGGACCAGGACCAGCUGAAC